CGCCUCCUAAUUUCUUCUUAUUUUUUACAAUUUCCCAAUAUUAAUUUUAUAUUCUUUUCCCUAAACCCUUUUCCUCUUCCCACAACCCGAAAUAUCCCUAAACCCACCCUUUCCAUCGACGGCAUCUCCCCCUCCUACUUCCUGGUUAUCGGCGGCGAACUUCUCACCGAUCGGCCAAAAACCUCCACCUUCACCUCUCCUUCCAUCGACGGCGAACUUCGAGCCCAAAAACGUCCAGCUCCACCGGUCAGCCUAAAAUCUCCACCUACACCUCCCCGAAACCGAACAUCGACGGCAGCCCAUCGACGCUCCUGCUCGAACGACUAUCGACGCCUCUGACAUCCUGCUCCUGCUUGAAGGGCCAAACUUGUUCUCUGGUCCGGCAUCCUGCUCCAACGCUAGCUCUCGUUGCCCUCUUCUCCGUCAACGACAAACCACUCCUCGCCGUUGCAAACGCCGACAUCCAACUGUUGUUCACGCGCCGCAUGAAGCUUCAUCAAUCUCUAUCCAAGCCAGUCGCGAAGUGGACCCUGCCCGAGCCACCUCCCGUCCAGCCGAUCUUCUACAUCCGAGUCGUGUCUUCGUUCUAGUCGUGUCGGAAUUUUCUCUAGAUCGUCUAGCCUCUCUCUUAGAUUGCACAAGAACGGGAGAGUGGAAGCAGGGGAGAAAUUUGAUUUCAAGUUAUCCAACUUCAAGGCAAUCCAAGGAAACUAAGAAAUCAUUAUUUGGUUGUACUGCACAUUAGUUUCUCGCUCUCUUAUUGAUUGCAAUGUCAUCCCUAAGGAAUGCGGUUCCUAGACGGCCUUAUAAGGAGCGAGCUCAACCGCAAUCUCGGAAAAAAUUUGGGCUUCUUGAGAAACACAAAGAUUAUAUUGAGCGUGCUAAGGCUUUUCAUAAGAAGGAAGAUACUUUACGGAAACUUAAAGAGAAAGCAGCCUUCAAGAAUCCAGAUGAAUUUUACUUUAAGAUGAUUAGGACGAGAACAGUUGAUGGAGUCCAUAAACCAGAGAGUCGUGUGAAUAAGUAUACUGCAGAGCAACUCAUGCUGAUGAAGACCCAAGAUGCUGGGUAUAUACUUCAGAAGAUGCAGAGUGAGAAAAAGAAAAUUGAAAAACUGACCGCAACGUUGCAUUCUCUUGACAAUCAGCCAUCAAAUAAGCAUCUUUACUUUGCUGAAGACAGGGAGGAAGCCAAAGAAAUUUUAUCUCAUUCUUCUAAAGGAUUGGUGGCAUCAUCUGAGGCAGUUCCUGAUAGUAUUAGAAGGAAAACCGUUGCUUCUUACAAAGAAUUGGAGGCAAGGAGGAGUAGAGUAAGUGAACUAGAGAAACUUUAUAUGGAUAUGACACUACAACAAGAAUUAAGGAAAAAGGGUCGCAAACGUAAACUCCGAGAAGAUGAAGUCGCCAAUCCAACUUCGAAACCUGUAUAUAAGUGGCGGGCAGAACGAAAGCGCUAAAGGUUUAACACUUUUGCUAUCCAUACGAAGUUUGAUUAUUCUAAAAAAGAAUUGCUAUAUUUAGACAAUAUCAGAUUUUCAAGUUUGUAAAAGUUUUGUUCUUUGAUGUUGCUUUGCGAUUGGCCAUUGCUCAGGAAAGAGAUUAAGGUGUAUUUGUAAUGACUGUUGAAUAGUGUUUUUUCAACAAUGUCAAUCUUCGUAUAACCUUUUGGAAAAUUAAUAAUUCGAAGUUGUGUUUAAGAGAGGAUUUCAAGGGGUUGAGAGAUCCUUGGGUGAGAUGUGGUUCUUUGGUAGAUAUUCGGAGGACUCCGAGGGUAAAGUUUUUGUAAAUGCAUGUUACGCCUUAUUUUGCUUAGGUUGAGUCCUUUCUUCAAAUUAUAUAUUAAAAAAUCAUACUUUAACUAAUAGGUCCAAUGGAAAAAUUGGUAGUACUAGUAACAUUUUUUUUUUUUUUUUUGAAAAAGAUUGCUAGAUGGUUUUCCAAAUGGACCGAGGUUGCCCUACCCUAAUAUCUAGUUAAAUGGUGUGUUAUUAUUGCUAUUUCUUUCCCCUUUUUAGACUUUCUGCAUCAUUUGAACAUUUCGUACGAGUCCAGUGAUUGUUUUUCCUACUUGGGUUGUGUACUUUGACUACAACUCUCAAGAAUUGAACAACUUGAAAAACUUGGAAAAAUUCUAGAACCAUAAAAAAUGAGAUUAGUUUUAGUUUCGUAUUACAGAAAAAUAGCACUUCAAAUUUCUUAAAGUGCCGAUUAUCUAUUUGUUUUUGUUUCAGUCUCUUGCCCAAGCAUAUUUUGCAGGAUGUAUUUGCAGUUUCCAAGGUAACUGGAUGAAGCAUUGUUUGUUUACCAUACAAAUGCUUUGAAAGUUGGCUGAAAUCACACAAGGACCUCAAAUUUUGUUUUCACAGCUAACGUGUCAAAACUAUGCUGUGUUUCUUCUGGAGUGAAGAAUGUAAUCAAUUUGUUGUUGCUGUUAUUUACUAUGGAAUAUAGUUUAAAAAGGGUGGAUAAACUGAACCACUAAGUUAAUAGUACAAAAUUAAAAUUUAUGUUUGUUCAAGUUAGCUAUUGAGAAAUAUAGUUUGAUUUGAGUUAAAGGAUCUGUAUUGCAGAUAAACAGAUGUCUUAGAAGUCUCA